ACGACGUCGAACCCCGUCGGCGCGAGCUCCGGCUCGAACCAGUCCACGAUCUCGGCGUCGACGACGCAUCGCGACGCCGCGGGAGACGCCGGCUCGAGCGCCUUCGGCGUCGGCCCGAGCGCGACGCCGUCGGGCGCGCCGCACGACGCCGGCAGCGUCUCCGCGGCGCCUCUCAGCCCGUUCGCGCGCGCCGCCGCGAGCGAGCACCACAGCGCGCGCGGCUCGCGGUCCGUCAUCAACACGCGCGACGCGCCCGCGAGCGCGGCGGCGACGCCGGCGAGCCCGAGCCCCGCGCCGAGGUUGAUCACGGAGCGCCCGCGCACGUCGAUGGUCGAUCCCGCGUCUCCUCCUCCUCCUCCUCCUCCUCCUCCUCCCUCGAGCAUCGCGGUCGCGAGCGCGACGUCGCCGUGCCACACGUCCGCCCAGUGCGGGUCCUCGUCCGGGCGUCCCAUCGCGCUGUACACGUCCACGACGUCGGACUCGGACGUCGGCAUGACGACCGUCACGUCCGUCUCGCCGCAGCGCGCGACCGCGGUGCCGAUCGCCAUCGGAAGGUGCGCGCUCAGCGGGUGCGGCAUGUCGAGAUCGAGGGGGACGUAGGACGGGACGACGUCCUCGCGGCGGCAUCGCGUCGCGAGGGCAUCGCGGCGGGGGGUCGGGCGGGGGUAUUGAAGGGGAUGCCGCGGCGGCGCGUGGACGCGGCUCGCGCGGACGGCGCGGGCCAUUAUCCGGUCUCGGACGAGUCCCUGGAGCUUCUUUUCCGCGGGCAAUUUCGCACCGAGACCGCAUCAGGGCGAAUCGCCUCGUCGAGACGCCGCGCGGACGGGGCGUCACACGACGAGCGCGCGCGAGCGCCGCGGACGUCGCACGCCGGUCUCGUCGCCGACGCACGACGGACAUGUCUUCGGGUGCGCCUCGAUCGCGAACCCGCGCGUCGUCGCGUCGUCGCCGCGCCAGAUCCUCCGGUCCCCGACGCGAAUGAAUCCCCCCACCCGCUCCUCCUCCUCUUCUCCCAUCGCCGCGCCGACCUCACGUCUCCCUCCUUCCCCUCGCCGCUCGCUCGCUCGCUCCUCUCCCUCCGCGCAGCCCCGCCGCCGAAACCGUGGGAGCGCGCCGCGGCGACGGGCGAGAGCGUCCACGCGGCCACGCCCGCCGCGCCAGGCGACGCGCCCAAGCCGUGGGAGGUCCCGGGCGCGGGCGCGACGCCGUCCGCGCCCGUCGCGACGGAGUCGAACCCCUCGGGCGCGACGCCGACGCCGCCGCCGCGCGAGAACCGCGCGGCGGCGAACGCGGUGAACGCGGGUGCCACGACGUCCUACGCGACUACUGGGGGGUACAACCGCCCGUACGGAGGGUACGGGUCCGCGAUGGGCGGGUACGGUGGGUACGGAGGAGGCUCUUCGAUGUACGGAGGAGGCUACGGCUCUUCGAUGUACGGAGGAGGCUACGGGUCGUCGAUGUACGGAGGAGGCUACGGAGGCUACGGGUCGUCGAUGUACGGCAACAGGUACGGCAUGGGCGGGAUGUACGGCGGCGGGAUGUACGGCGGAAUGGGAAUGGGCCCCGGGAUGGGACCGAUGGGUCCCGGGAUGGGAGGACCGAUGGGCGCCGCCGACGAUCCGAACGGCCCCGCGCCGACGGCGUGGCAACGCAUCAUGCGCGCGCUGCACGGGAUCGUCACCGUGUUCGGGCGGAUAUCGUGGCUCGUGGACGAGAACUCGCAGGCGCUGCACUUCUUCAUGAUGGGCCUGAUGCAGCUCCUGGACCGCGCCGGGGUGCUGUACGGCGAGCUCGCGAGGUUCGCGCUGCGGCUGUUGGGAUACAAGGUGCCGGACCGGCCGAAGGCGCCGCCGGAGGGAGGCGGAGCGCCGGGGACGGGGAUGGGGAUGGGGCCGGGUGGGUACGGGAUGGGAGGGGUGUACGGCGGCGGGAUGAACUCGGGGUACGGGUACGGAGCGAGCCCCGGGUACGGCGGCGGCGGGUUCGAGAGCGCGUGGGGGGGAGCCUGA